AACUCACUCGUCCCCGGCCCUCCUGGGUUGUUCACUGUGUUGGCAGGAGCGGCACUGCGUUUCAGAGCUGACCUGCCCCUGCUGGCGGUCGGGCGGGUCUUUAAAAGAGGCGGUCAACAAGCUUUCUCCCCGCCGCCCGCCUCUUCCUCUUGGCUUCUUGGCUCCUUGGCUCUCCAACCAUUCCCACUCUCUUGAAGCUUCUUCUCGAGCACAACACCCAAGCCUCCGAUCGCAACAGUUCUUGGCUUUGCAGUCUUUUAACUACACAAGACCGACCAGCCAACAAAAUGCCUGCUACUGCCCAAGCUCCCGAGCAGCAGCUCCCCAUGGAGGCCGUCGGCGCCAACGCUGUCGUGGUCCAGCAGCCGACCUCUGAGCCUCAGCCCCAGAUGACCCUGCGCGGUGGUGAGGAGGCCGCCUGCGAGUGCUGCUGCUGCGGCUGCGAGGAGUCGUGCUGCUAAACGGACCGGCGCACACCGGGACUUGCGAU